AUGUGCAAAGCUCUAGUGGCCACCCUCACAGGUCCAGCCCUAACUAGGUAUUCCUCUCUACCUCCAUGCUCAAUAGCGUCGUGGGAGCAGUUGAAAACUCAGUUCUAUGCACAGUUCACAACAAGUCAAAAGCAUAGGAAGACAUCGACCAGCCUCAUGCAGGUACGACAAAGGAAAGUCGAAUCUCUAAGGGGCUACCUGGCGAGAUUCAACAAACAGGCACUACAGGUCAGAAGCCUGAACCAGUCCAUGGUUGUCACCGCUAUUCAACACGGCCUCCGCCCAUCACCAUUCAAUUUCUCCAUCUCCAAAAACCCUCUGCAAACCUUGGAUGCGCUGAUGAGCCAUGCGCAGAAGAACAUCAACACAGAAGAGGCACAAACACAGCUGCGAGACGAGGAAGAGAGGCCCGACAAGAAGAGGAGAGAUACUGAGGAGCGGAAGUCAAAAUGA